ACGGGGACUUGUCUGAUGCAAAUUAACCAACAACUGCAAAAUACACAUAACUUUAGAAAGACCAAUUUGGGAAAUUCAUCUGAAAGAUUCCUUGAAAGAGCAGUGCCUUCUGACAGAUGCAUUUCUGCUGAAGAGCAAAAAUCUGAAUGGGAAUCCUUUCACUCCCGACAGGCCAGCACUGAUGCAGGGACAGCAGGAGCCCUGACCCCUCAGCACGUCCGUGCUCAUUCCUCUCCAGCGUCGCUGCAGCUGGGGGCCGUGUCCCCUGGCACACUCACACCCUCUGGAGUAGUGACUGGACCUGGAGCUCCAUCUUCUCAGCAUCUCCGCCAGUCUUCGUUUGAGAUCCCUGAUGAUGUACCUCUGCCACCGGGCUGGGAGAUGGCCAAGACACCAUCUGGACAGAGAUACUUCCUUAAUCAUAUUGAUCAAACAACAACAUGGCAAGAUCCCAGGAAGGCCAUGCUUUCCCAGAUGAACGUUACAGCUCCCACCAGUCCUCCCGUGCAACAGAACUUAAUGAAUUCAGCAUCAGGCCCACUCCCCGAUGGAUGGGAACAAGCUAUGACCCAGGAUGGAGAAAUUUACUACAUAAACCAUAAGAACAAGACAACAUCUUGGCUAGACCCAAGGCUUGACCCACGCUUUGGUAAAAGUUCAUCUCACUUCAGAAUUUUUGAUUCGCUUCAGUUCACUUAGCUUUAAUUUUGCAGU